UGAUGAGUGAACAAAAGACACCGCCGGAGCGAAGUGUGAUAAGCGGUUGACCUGCGACCCGCACACACUGAAAGAAAAACAGGGGCAAGCAGCGAGCGGAUCAAAGGUCACCGCCGUCGACGAAUGCAUUUGCAUCUCCUGGCGGCAGAGAAGACGCCUCCAUCUCCAACUCCAACUACAACUGCAUCUCCAUCUGAACAUACGGGCAUCGCGGAGGAGUCGCACUUGGACUUGCAGCUGGGCUUGCCAUUGGCAUCCGGAUACGGAUACGGCUACGGACUCGGACUUGGACUCGGAUUGGGACUGGGACUGGGCCAGGAAUUGGUGGCGGACCACUGCACCACUGUGGCGCCCGUCAGCGUUGCCGGUCCCGGCCGCCUGGGUCGCAGCAUCAACGGCAGCGGCGGCAGCCAUCACCACCACCACCUGCACCACCACUACGCGCCCUACCACCACGCCCACCCCUAUCACCCACCGCAUCCGCACGCGCCACACCCCCACCACCACCACCACCACCCACCGUAUCCACCGUAUCCGCCGGCAGGAGCACAUCCAUCGGCGAUGGUCACCUCGUCCUCCACAUCGCCGACGGGCAACGGCUGGAGCAGCUCCACCGGCGACUUCAAGGGCAUCACAGCAUUGGCCACCGCCACCGGCGGCGGCACAGGUGGAGCCACCCAGGGAGCCACUGCGUCCACGGGCGCCACAACCGCUGAGGUUUUGGCCGUUUCCAGUAGCGCCAGUGUUGGCAGCAGCUCGCCCACAGGUGGCGCCAGCAAUGGUACGGCGCACAGUGGGCAUAGUGGACACACCGGCGGUCACAGCAGCAGCACCGCCAGCAACAACAACAACAUUGGUGCCAGCAACAGCAACAGUAACAGCAACAAUAACAACAACAAUGCCGUUCACCAGGAUCUCUUGUGGAUGGAGCGGCUGGUCCAGAAGCGACAGCAGGAACAUCCCGGCGAGCUGGUGCGCACGAGCAAUCCGUACUUCCUGUGCUCCGCCCUGCCCGCCCAUUGGCGCUCCAACAAGACGCUGCCGAUGGCCUUCAAGGUCGUCGCACUGGCGGAAGUGGGCGAUGGCACCUACGUCACCAUCCGGGCGGGAAACGACGAGAACUGCUGCGCGGAGCUGCGCAACUUCACCACCCAGAUGAAGAACGACGUGGCCAAGUUCAACGAUCUGCGCUUCGUGGGCCGCAGCGGAAGAGGGAAGAGCUUCACGCUGACCAUCACGGUGGCCACGAGUCCGCCACAGGUGGCAACCUACGCCAAAGCCAUCAAGGUGACCGUCGAUGGACCCCGGGAGCCCCGCUCCAAGACGAGUCCGACGGGUGGUCCCCACUACCGAGCUCUGGGUCUCGGCCAGCGUCCCUACAUCGAUGGCUUCCCCUCGACGAAGGCGCUCCACGAGCUGGAGACGCUCCGGCGAUCUGCGAAGGUGGCGGCUGUUACGACGGCAGCGGCGGCGGCGGCCACAGCGGCAUCGGCGGCCAAUGCGGUGGCGGUGGCCGCAGCCGCCGUGGCGGUCACUCCAACGGGCGGCGGCGUCGGAGGAGGAGUUGGGGGCGUGGCUGGCGGACAGGGAGCGGGAGUUGGAGUUGGAGCGGGACUGGUGCAGCAAUUGAGCAGCAAUUACUCAUCGCCGAAUAGUACAAUCAACUCGGACUGCCAGGUCUACAAGCCCAAUGCGCCGCACAUUCAAGGAGCCGACAUGAUGGGCGCCGGCGAAUGGACGGGAUCCUCGAGUUCGGCGGCUGCCUAUUACCACAGCCACGCCCACCACCCGCACGCCCACCACGCACACGCCCACCUGCAGCACCAGAUGGCCUUGCCGCCACCGCCGCCGCCCCCCGCAGCGGCACCCGUUUCGGUGGGCGUGGGCGUGGGCGGCAAUGGAGCCACCAUGGGCAUGGGCAUGGGCGUGGGCAUGGGCAUGAACCACUACGGUGGAGGCUACGACUCGGCCAACUCGCUGGAAGCGGGCCAGUAUGCCGCGCACCUGCCGGCGGUGCUGCCCGAGAUGCAUGGCCAUGGAUUCGCCACCGAUCCCUACCAGACGGCCGGCUAUGGCAGCGGCAAUACGGCCGGAGGCAGUGCCUCCAAAUCGGAACUGGACUACGGCGGCGGCUACAAUCAGGCGUGGUCGAAUGGCUAUCAGAACUAUCAGUAUGGCAGCUGCCUGGCCACCGCCCAGUAUGGUCCACAGGCGGCACCGCCGCCACAGCCACCGCCUCCGCCGCCGGUGGUGCUGUGCCCCCAGCUGUACUCCACGGUCAACCAGAAUCAAAUCCACCUGCAUCUGCACAGCAGCGAGAAGCUGGAGCAGUAUCUGGGCACGGCCACCGGUGCCGAUCACCUGACCAUCGGAUCUCUGACGGGCAGCAGUCGCUCCAGCAUUGAGAUUGGCCAGGAUCAGUACCACCAGCAAGUGCAUCACGCACAGCAGCAACAGCAACAGCAGCAACAGCAGGUGCACCAUCCACAGCAGCAGCAGCAGGUGGAAUCCGCUGGCGAAGUGGGUGGCAGUGUGGCGGGUGGCGGUGUGGAAUCCGCCAGGGAGGAGGACGUGGGCGAUCUCACGCAGGUGUGGCGACCCUAUUGACCCAAUCGGAUCACCCAGAGGUCAGCGGCCACCAGUCUCCAUCUGCACCCACAUCUGAAUCUAAAUCCGAAUCCGAAUCCAAGUCCGCAUCCCAGCCACCCACCGCUGCACCUGCACAUCGAACUGAACUAGGAGAGCAGCAGGAUCAGCACAAGAACUGUACAAUUUUUUGUUCUCUUUUUUUAUUUUUUUUUUUUAGCCAAUAAAACGUAACGCCUAAGUAAUUCCAAAACAUCUGCAAGUUGUACAUAAAACAUAAAGUAAAGUAUAUGUUUAAGAGAUAGGCGCCCUAACUUCUAGAACUCAGAAUAAACCAUAUAAAAGCCAACUGCUUACAUAAAUUAUGCUAACACUUCAAUCUAAAUAACAUUACACCCGAUACUAUUAUUUGCAAAACAAGUUUUGAGUUCAGCUGCAGCGUAAUAAGAAAAUCUAUAAUAGUAAAUAAAGUUAGUAAAAGAUGUAAGUCCGUACAAGAAAAACACAUUAAACGAGGUGUAAAUAACUGAGAGCUUAAGCAUAAGAUGAAAGUAUAACAAAAUCUAAUCAAUAAUCCUAGCGUAUAGAGCACCCAAAUCCCUACAAACCACAUGUUUUUUUUUACUAGCCCUAAGUUUUGAAGGAUACUCGAUAAAGCCGCACAACUAUCUAUAAAUAUAUAAAUACAUACGUAUGUAUGUAUACAUUUUUUUUCUGUUACUUUUUGUGUGGGAAUCUGCCAAAGGAUUCGAGAUGAAAGUAAAAA